CUGGGCGGAGCGUGGAGAGCCUGGCGCCGGAGCACCGGGUUGGCCAGGCCGGAGUGGGCCCGACGCGGAUGUGAGCAGGGUCCGACCAAGAUGGCGGUGCAGGUGGUGCAGGCGGUGCAGGCGGUUCAUCUCGAGUCUGACGCUUUCCUGGUUUGUCUCAACCAUGCCCUGAGCACAGAAAAGGAGGAGGUGAUGGGGCUGUGUAUAGGGGAGUUGAAUGAUGACCCAAGGAAUGGCUCAAAAUUUGCAUAUACUGGAACUGAAAUGCGCACAGUUGCUGAAAAGAUUGACAGUGUGAAAAUUGUUCACAUUCAUUCCGUCAUCAUCUUGCGACGUUCUGAUAAGAGGAAGGACCGAGUGGAAAUUUCUCCAGAGCAGCUGUCUGCAGCUUCAACAGAGGCGGAGAGGUUGGCUGAACUAACAGGCCGCCCUAUGAGAGUUGUGGGCUGGUAUCAUUCCCAUCCUCAUAUAACUGUUUGGCCUUCACAUGUCGAUGUUCGCACACAAGCCAUGUACCAGAUGAUGGAUCAAGGCUUUGUAGGACUUAUUUUUUCCUGUUUCAUAGAAGACAAAAACACAAAGACUGGCCGGGUACUCUACACUUGCUUCCAAUCCAUACAGGCCCAAAAGAGCUCAGAAAACAUGACAUAUCUGGAAGGAAACACGUUGGUCUUCUCUGCAGACAGGAGCAGGUAUGAAAGAAUCGAAAUCCCAAUCCAUAUUGUACCUCAUGUCACCAUUGGGAAAGUGUGCCUUGAAUCAGCAGUAGAGCUGCCCAAGAUCCUGUGCCAGGAGGAGCAGGAUGCAUAUAGGAGGAUCCACAGCCUUACACAUCUGGACUCAGUAACCAAGAUCCAUAAUGGCUCAGUGUUUACCAAGAAUCUGUGCAGUCAGAUGUCAGCAGUCAGCGGGCCUCUCCUCCAGUGGUUGGAGGACAGACUGGAGCAAAACCAACAACAUUUGCAAGAGUUGCAACAAGAAAAGGAAGAACUUAUGCAAGAACUUUCUUCCCUAGAAUAAGGCAGGAGACAAAAUGGGGAAAGACGAAAAUAUCAAGAUGUAAAAUUAAUUAAGCUAAAUCAAUUUUGAAGAAGAAGAAUAAAGUUGGAAGACUCACAUUA